AUGGUCCUUGAGCCGCUACAGCCGUCAAUCCCCUUUAUUCGCCCCUUCUCCUCUUCUUUCCAGCCGAACAACGCCCGAGCGAAAUACCCAAGCUCAAAGCCGACAGCUCCGAAGCCGCAUGACAUUGAUCCGCGAUGGCUUACCAUGACAAAACGACGUGUUGGAAGGUGCAUGAUGUUCGGAUUGAAACCGCACCAGAUCCAUGAGGCUGGAGAGAUCGUGCAGCAGAUUGCGAGGGAUUGGCGGGAGUUGAUUGCAGGGAGUGAGGGAUACUUGACGGAUGCUACGCGAAGAGGACUGUUCCGCCAGAAUGUUGCUUGGGGCGAAAUGCAUGGACAUGUCAACAACGUCACAUACGUCCGCUACGCCGAAACCGCGCGUGUAUACUUCACCCGCAACUUCGCGAUGCAUAUCGACCCGGCUCAUAAGACAGAAUGGAUGAAUCUCGUCAGCAACCGGGGGCUGGGGAUUAUCCUGCGCAGCAUCAAGAUCGACUAUAAAUUCCCUAUGCAAUACCCAGACAAAGUCACGGUCUACCAUAAACUCGCCCACGAUCCCGAAUCCCCACAAGCAUCCCAAUUCGCAUUCCAUCUGCAAGUCAUGAUUGUGUCUGAAGCGCGCCAGCGGCCUGCUGCUCGGGUUCAUGAGGACCUUGUCACGUAUGACUAUAAAUUAGGGAAGAAGGCUUCCAUCCCGACCUUCCUAAUGGAGCAGUUUAAGGAUACAUGGAAGCUCCAAGAGGAAGCUAAGAGGCAGUGGCGGCAGCGGAUCCUUGACAUUGAAGCGAGAGUUAGGAAACUGGAGGUAGACAGCUGGGAUAGAGCAGAUGCUGUUGAGGAUACAGGCUCAGCGAAGCAGUGA